UGAGGAGGAACCGGCCGCUGGGGGAGGAGGUUGCCGUUGGAGCGGGAGGUCAGUCAGCAGCCAAGCUUCGAGGCGGACGGUCCAACACCGUGCCCGCCAGUUCAGUGACGUGUCCCGUGUUGUGUCUGUGUUCUGUGACGUGAUGUGCACCAUGGUGAGCGAAGAGAGCGCCGCGCCCCAGGCCGCGCCGGCCCACAGCAAGGUGCCGCUCAAGUUCAGCAUCCGCGCCCUGCUCGGCCAGGACGAGGACGCCGACGACACCGCGCCGUCCGACGCCCCGACGACGCCCAGCCCCGCGCCGAGCUCCGCGGCCAGCGGUGCCAGCUCGCCGCCCCCCAGCGACUGCGAGUCCGAGUUGGACGUGACCGGCGAGCAGACCGAAGACAAGAGCUCCGAGGAGGGCGCCGACAAGGCCGGCAGCAAGAAGCCCGAGAAGCCCACCUACUCGUACAACGCCAUGAUCAUGUUGGCCAUCCGCAACUCGCCCGAGAAGCGCCUCACCCUCAACGGCAUCUACGAGUAUAUCAUGAAGCACUUCCCCUACUACCGUGACAACAAGCAGGGCUGGCAGAACUCUAUCCGCCACAACCUGUCGCUCAACAAGUGCUUCGUCAAGGUGCCCCGCCACUACGACGACCCCGGCAAGGGAAACUACUGGAUGCUGGACCCCAGCGCCGACGACGUGUUCAUCGGGGGAUCCACCGGCAAGCUGCGCCGCCGCGUGCCGCCGUCCCGCAGCCGCAGGCGCGCCGGCCUCGGCCUCCUCCCGUUCGUGUACCCGGGCGGCAUCCCCGGCGGCCUCGGUGGCGUCGGCGGACUUCCCCUCGGCCUCCAGGGCGGUGCGCCGCACCCGUACCUGCAGCAGCAACACCACCUCUUCUCCAUGCUGGCCGCCUCCCCGAUGAGGUCAGCCGCCCCCGGCUCGGCCCCCAGCGCUCCGUCGUCCCCUGGCUUCCCCGACUGGAGGGGUAGCCUCCUGCUGCAGCAGCAACUGUUUCAGCAGCAGCUCCAGCAGCAGCAAGCCAGGUCACCGCCCUACCCCGGCGUGCCCGCGCACCACCACCACCCCCAGUACCUAGCAGCGUCGCCCACUGCGCCCUCCGCGUCGCCCCCCGCGAUGCGCUGACCUGGGUGCCGACAUGGACCGGCCUCCGUCCAAAUUCCUUCUGUCUGUGAUCCGGGCAGCCCUGCUGUUCGCAAAAGUGUGAGUGUGCGCGCGUGUAGUGACCGGGAGAACUGCAAGAACUGUGUGACGGCAGUGAAGAGUGUUUCUUUCUCUCAGUCGAUCUCGAACUGUGAAAAUUUGUUAUUGAGUAAGUGACAUUUGUAGUGAGAUUCAGAGCAUUUAGACAAUGUAGGAGUAGGUGUGGUAAAUUUUUAUUAUGAUCUCGUUGUAAGUUAAAAGUAUAGUCAAUCGCUGAACUGUUUUGUUGGAAUUAGGGUGAACAAAUGUAGUGUACGAAUUUGAUAUGACAGUUGCAUCUUUUAUUGUUUUUAUGUCUUCAUUUAUCAAUAAUUUGGCGCUCUGUAUGUUUAUUUAUGUCCUAUGUACUUUUCCUAAAUGUUCAGUUAGUCUGAGUGAUCACCUCAAUCAAUACGUCAGGGUACUUGAUUAGUUUUAUUGUGCAUUUUUCCUUUCAUGAUGCAUUUGUUUCUAAACGUUUUGGAUAUUAAACGUUUUCGCCAAAGAUAUGUAUAUGAUUUAUUGUAAAUAUUUAAAAGAAUUUUAUUGUGAAUGUUGUUGAUGUCGCGAGUCGGAGGCGGAGUGGGAGGUAAAAUAAACCCAUUUUUAAACAUAA